AUGCUGUUGGCCAAUCCAGCAGUCUCUCAAUCGCCGCUCUCGCGCCGGCGCUCGCUCUGCCCCAGCGCCUCACUCGGCCCUGAAAUCCAGCGCCACGCUGCCCUUUUUCAACUCUCAACAACCCCCCCAAUCCCUCCCAUCUGCACAGAUCGUCGCACAUACCCGGGCUCGUCAUUCUUUCAUCAACAAUUCUGCGCUUGUCGAAUCUCUGUUGCACACGCACGCGACUGCCCCCUCGCCAGCCCAGGCACCCUCAGCGUCGAGGCUGGUGACAGUCCUGACGAAAACGCCAUCCUCAUCGAGUCCCAACCACACAACAAAGGCGGCAAGGCCACCCAGGCCGUGCACGAUCAAAUACCAACAAUAAUUGAGCCGACUGCCGUUCAGCUCGAAUCCUCCAACAAUUAUGAGCACCUGGAAAAGGUCCCCAACGUCGUCGAGGCUGACAGGGUCGAUUACGUCAACCCUCUCGCCAACAGUUCGCGAUGGUACAUUUCCAUGAGAGCGCAUGCCAUUCGCUCUGCUGCCGGCUUUGCCUUUGGCCUCGCCAAUCGAACCGUGCCCGCUCCUCCGCUGCCCUCUAAAUCCAUUUGGCUCGACUCUACCCUGUCCGAGUUUCCCGGCAAGGACAAGAUCAAGGUUGACGUUUGGACCCCGCCGCGCCUUGCCCUCAAACCCCGUGCCGCCAUCAUCAACUUCCACGGAGGCGGCUGGAUUCUCGGCGCCGGUACUGACGAUGCCCGCUGGGCCUCUGCCGUCAUGACCUCCAUCGAUGCCGUCGUCUUCUCCGUCAACUACCGACUAGCCCCAGGUCAUCCCUUUCCCACGCCCAUCGAGGACUGCGUCGACUCCAUCCUGCAGAUUGCUGCUCGCGCGGAAGAGUUCGGCUUCGAUCCCAACCGCAUCAUUCUGUCCGGCUUUUCUGCCGGCGCAUCAAACGCGUUCAGCAGUUGGGUUGUGCUGCAGGAGCCUCAGCGAUGGGACUACAAGCUGCCCGAGCCUGUGCCCAACAUCGCCGGCCUCGCCCUCUUCUACCCUGUUCUCGACUGGACGUAUACACGCCCCGAGAAGCGCAGCACUUGUCAUCGCCCCGACUUGACACUGGGCCCUGGUUUGACGGAUCUGAUUGACGUCUCUUACGUCUAUCCUAUGAUUCCCAGAAAAGAAUGCGAUGACUGGCGCCUGUCCCCCGGCCUCAUCGACGAUGCCACCAUCGCCAAGCUGCCGCCCAUGCAUUUGUGCCUGUGCGAGUACGACAUGCUGCUUCAAGAAGGAUUGCGCUUUGCCAAGCGUGUUCGCUCAUGUCCGAACAAGACGCUGACGCUUCGCGUCGUCAGUCAGGAAAAGCAUGCAUGGGAUAAACCUCUACCCAUGGCUGCGGUUAAGGAAAGUGUGAAUGUCGAGUACACUGAGGCAACACUAGCCAUGGCUAAUUGGCUGGGUCAAUAUCACGACACUGACAAUGACUCGGUGCUCUCGUUGCCCACAAAGCGACUUCGUCUUCGCCCCUCGGCCUACUUUAAGCGCUCUCGGCGUUUGGGUAAUUUUGUAAACCAUACACGAAGCAGAAGCAUCUUAGCUUCCUGA